CCUUUCACAGUGAGCUGGAAGUGCAGUGACUAUUAUCUCUCUCCAUUCAUGGAGUGUUUUGCCUAGGGCAAUUUCAGCUUUCACAGGCACAUGAGACAGUGGCAGCUGGGUGAGAAGAGAGAGAGAGAGAGAGAGAAAGAGAGAGAGGGAGAGAGAGAGAGAAGGAGAGAGAGAGAGAGCUAUAUGAGCGGCCAUUUGAGCACUAGGGAGGGACAAGAGACUCUGAGAGAGAAUUUAAAACUUAGUCUGUACUACAUAGUCAGGUAACUCACUAUAGCCCUUUCCAUCUGAAAAACAGCGUUCAGUUGGUUACUACAUUGUUAUUAUAUCGAGCUUCGCGGUUUUCACCAUUGAUUUGAAGAGGAAGGGAUUUGAACAAGACGCACGUGCGGCUGCUAAAAAACCGACAAUGAAAUGGCUGGCUCCCUCACUCUCUCAGGCGUUCCGGAGGCGAUGGUGGAUGGCCUGCACAGCAGUGGUGGAAAAUCUGGGAUUUUCGGCUGUGCUGCUUGGUUGGGGAUCUCUGCUCAUCAUGCUGAAAAACGAGGGCUUUUACUCACAUCUUUGCACAGAAAAUGAGACAGAGGUGGCUAAUGUUAGUACUGAGGCUCAAGAGGAUGAUUGGCUCGGAUGUGUAGAGCAGGAGGAGAUGCUCAACCUGGGCUUUACCAUUGGAUCCUUCCUGCUCAGUGCUGCCACGCUUCCACUCGGCAUCUUCAUGGACCGAUACGGGCCCAGACCACUGCGCCUCACUGGGAGCGCGUGUUUUGCUCUCUCCUGUGCAAUGAUGUCUGUGUCAGCAUAUCAGCCUCAAGUCCUUUCUGCCCUGAUCUUUCUUGCUCUGUCGCUCAAUGGUUUCGGAGGAAUCUGUUUGACCUUCACAUCUCUCACGCUUCCCAACAUGUUCGGGAGCCUCAGCUCCACGGUGAUGUCACUGAUGAUCGGCUCUUACGCAUCAUCCGCCGUCACUUUCCCCGGAGUUAAGCUGAUAUAUGAUGCUGGGGUGUCGUUCACUGUGAUCAUGUGGGUUUGGUCUGGUCUUGCCAUCCUGAUCUUCAUCAACUGUUUACUGAAUUGGCCAGUGGAGUCGUUCCCCACACCCGAGGAGAUGGAGGAGAUGAAGAAGAUGCGUUCAGGUGAUGACUCUCAAAAACACACUCUGGCCUCAGGGGAGGAGAAAAAACAAGAUCUGCUCAACCACUCGAGUGAGAAACUUACCGAUGUGGCCCAUAUUGCAACAUCCUCCGUUCCUUUCAGUCGCUCCGUGUUUUCUCCCAUCUUCCUGUGGAGUCUGAUUACCAUGGGGAUGACUCAGCUGCGUAUCAUCUUUUACAUGGGAGCCAUGAACAAACUGCUGGAGUUUAUGGUCACACAUGGAGACCCUCACCCCUCUGAGAAACUGGUACAGGAAACUGAAAAGAAAGUGGGCUUUUAUUCAUCCAUCUUCGGCACGCUGCAGCUCCUGUGCCUGGUCACGUGCCCUCUGAUUGGUUACAUCAUGGACUGGAAGAUGAAGGAGUGUGAGGACGAGCAGAGUCCUACAAAGGGAGAGCAAAGUUCCAGACCGAAGCGUGACAGAAAGAUCCAGAAACUGACAAACGCCAUAAGAGCCUUCUCUUUUACCAACCUGCUGCUCGUCCUGUUUGGCAUUACGUCGCUCAUUGACAACCUGCCACUACAGAUCUUGACAUUCAUCUUGCACACCAUGGUCCGAGGUUUCAUCCACUCCUGCUGCGGAGGAUUGUAUGCUGCUGUCUACCCGUCUAACCACUUUGGCACUCUGACUGGGCUACAGUCUAUGAUCAGUGCUGUGGUUGCCCUGCUGCAGCAGCCACUCUUCAUGGCAAUGUUGGGACCACUGAAAGGAGAUGGUUAUUGGAUCAACGUCGGCCUUCUGAUCUUUUCAUUCGCCGGCUUUCUGUUGCCGGGAUACCUGCUCUACCACCGCCGACACCUGGUGCAAGAGAAGGCAUCACGGGCCAAGGCUGCAUUAGAGAGUCAGACUCUCAACCAAUCAGAAGCCAACGGCAUUAAUGGACAUGCACCCUAGGAGGCCUAGAUCCAUCGCGGAACAAUCACAGGAAUGUUAAUGCUUUUUCCAUCCCAAAAAGUGCAGACUCAGCAUAAACGUGGCGUGUCAGAUUAGCGUUAGUCAUUAUUAGCUUCACAAGUUGGUGCUGAAUUUUUCGUUAAAGCCAUAAAAUUUCACACAAGGACUUCUAAGCAUCACACACCACUGUGCAAGGUUUUUGACUAGCGGUUAGUUGUAAUGCAAUACUUCGUUUUUUUUUUUGUUUUUUUUUUUAAACUUUCUAUUUAUUUUGUAGCUGAAAGCUGAAGGCUGAAAGCACCCCCAAUACACACUCUACUCCACUUGACUUGAUUGUAGACAAGCUACCUCAGCCGAUCGCCGCCUCUGUCACACUAAGCCAUGGGCCGGUUGGUCAGUUUGUCUGUGAAAUGUGUGUUGUCUUUCACCAAAGAGUGUGUGUGUAGAUACAAACCAUGUUGUCAUUUUAUUGUCUUUUUGUCUUGGAAAUGAGAAAUAGAUUUUUAAAAAAAACAUUAACGCUAUCAUUUCAAACACCAAAGACAGUGAAAAUGAUGUGAAAUAUAUUUUAAAGGAUUUGUUUUAAUCGUUAACAUAUUUUCGCUCUCAUUUUGAAUGGCCAUGAAUGGAAAUGAUAAAAUUUCUGCUUUUAUUUGUACUUUUGUCUCUGUAGCCAUUGGAAGGGAAAUUUCCUUUGUUUAUUUUUUUUGUUUGUUUGUUUGUUUUUUUUGCAUAUGCAUUGCUACUAUUGUAUUAUUUUAUGCUUGAUAUUUUAGUGCUGCAACAGCAAUAUUCAUGCUUUGUAUUUACUUUCACUUGCUUGUAAAGCUUGUGUGAUAUCAGCAGUGGACAAAUCAGACCACAUCCUUCAAUAAUCAGGGGUCAAAGUGACAUGUCACAUGAAGACAUGUUACCCUUUUCGGAGCACUUUUGUUGUUACAGCCAAAUUUCACCUGGUUCAAUCUGUUACGUGUGUUUGUGUGGAACCUGUGCCUUAUAAAAAUAUCUGCUUUUAUAUCUCUGAAUGUACAUGAAGUUUCACGGAUGCAACCAAAGCUGUUUCAGCCUCGCUGUGGAGGUCACUAAGCCAUGGGGGGGAUGUAGUUUUCAAGAAACGCGCUGAAAAGUUCCAAAUAAAAAGAUGUUCAGAAAG